AUGGGUGCCGGGAAAACGACCGUUGUUUCGACUCUUUUAGGGCAACUUGUGCAAAAGGAUUACUCAAUGACCUUUGAACCAAAAGUCUUCUCGAAGCGGGUUCGAGUCGGGAAAGAGGACUACUCGACGAUUAUUAUUGUAGAUACGCCCGGGAUUGAGACGAUGAGUUAUUUAAAUGUUCCCCUUUUCUCAAACGAUGUGACAUUUUGCUAUGUUUUUGAUGCGAAUCGCCCGGGCGCUCUACGAGAAAUCGAAGAGGAUUUUAUCCAAAAAACGCACAAAAUACGAGGAGAUAAUGUCGGUUUUUUGAUUGGAACUCAUCAUGACACUUUGAGUUCCUCGUCCGGUGUCUCGCCAAUCGAGGGAGCCACGUUUGCCGAGGACAACAAUUUAUACUAUAUUCAAUUUAAAAAAGGAAUUUCUCCCACCGAACUUGAGCAACAACUCUUGCAAUCGCAAUCUCGAAGACUUGAUGAUGAGGAUGAAGAA